UGUCCUCGUGUCUGUCCUGGCCCUGUGAGGGGUUGGCAAGCCUUCCUGGUGAGGGAUGGGGCCGAGCGUCUUCACGUCUGACCCAGGCCCUGCCUGCAGAGGGACCAGGCCCCUGGAGGACAGCGCGGCUGCACCGCUCCCGUCAGCACGUCUGUCUGCAGGCCCCCUCUGCCCGCCAUGGGGCCAGACCCUGGUGCUGAGGGCCAUGGUGGGGCCGGCCCCUGAGGCGAGCCCUCUGCUGCUGGAGGGAACACGCUGUGCUCCGGGCCAGGGAAACAUGUCCCGUCGGAAACAGACCACUCCCAACAAAGUUCACUGGGAGCAAGUCUUCGCAGGGCUGGAGGAGCAAGCCCGACAGGCCAUGAUGAAAAACGAUUUUCCUGGAGCUCUUGAGGAGCAGAGACCAGCCAUUAAUCAGCUGCAAGACCAUGACUCCAGCAGCAGUGACAGUGAUGAUGAGGAAACCACACAGGAUGAAGUUUCUUCCCAUACGUCUGAGGAGGACAGCUCAGUGGUGAAAGUGAAAAAGGAAUUAGAGAAUGCAGAACAACCUGUGGCUGGAACUCCACUGAUGAGCAAAAACAGGGUGCCUGAGAGUUUGCAUGCUGAUCCCAUGCUGGGGUUGUCACAAUGCCCCCUCUGCCAGUUGGAGUGUGGAAGCAGAGAACAGCUUAUUGCUCAUGUAUACCAGCACACUGCAGCUGUGGUGAGCGCCAAGAGCUACAUGUGCCCUGUAUGUGGCAGAGCCCUCAGCUCACCAGGAUCUCUUGGGCGACAUCUCCUGAUCCACUCAGAGGACCAGCUGUCAAACUGCGCAGUGUGCGGCGCACGCUUCACCAGCCACACCACAUUCAACAGUGAGAAGCUGCCAGAGCUGCUCAGUGCAGAACACUUACCCACACCACAGAGCGAGGGACCCUCCAGCGUUGAGGGGAAGGACAUUGCUUUUCAUGGCCCUGUGUAUCCUGCGGGCAUCCUCCUAGUGUGCAACAACUGUGCUGCUUAUCGUAAGCUGCUGGAGGCGCAGACACCUGGUGUGCGGAAGUGGGCGCUUCGUCGGCAGAACGAGCCCCUGGAAGUGCGGCUGCAGCGUUUGGAGAGGGAGCGCACAGCCAAGAAAAGCCGGCGGGACAACGAGACACCUGAGGAACGGGAAGUGAGACGUAUGCGGGAUCGAGAGGCUAAGCGGCUGCAGCGAAUGCAAGAAACAGAUGAACAGAGGGCACGACGGCUGCAGAGGGACCGGGAGGCCAUGCGGCUGAAACGCGCGAACGAGACCCCAGAGAAGCGGCAGGCCCGGCUCAUCCGGGAGCGUGAGGCCAAGAGGCUUAAGCGGCGCCUGGAGAAAAUGGACAUGAUGCUCCGGGCACAGUUUGGCCAGGACCCCUCUGCCAUGGCAGCUUUGGCAGCUGAAAUGAACUUUUUCCAGUUGCCAGUAAGCAACGUUGAGCUGGAGAGCCAGCUGCUGGGCAAAAUGGCCUUUGAGGAGCAGAACAGCAGUGGACUGCAUUGAGCUGCAGGUCAAGGACCAUGCCACCCCUGCGGCACCUGUCCUAGGGCACCAGCAGGCUUCUCUACUCAGGAGGCUGCUGUGGGCAUCCUGGCUGACUCUUCCAGGCCCAGCCUCCCUCACAUAUGGUUCUGGUUUUCUUCUGAACAUGGGAGAAGAAUGGAGCUGAGAGAUGUCUGCCAAAGUAGCCCUGGUGUGAGGAGAUUCUGUGGAUGCAAUCUGCUCUGGGGGCCAUGCCACAGCCUGUGAAUAGAGGGAAAAUAAAUUAAUUUUCAUGUUUA